AUGGAAAUGGUGGAGUGCUCCCUCGUCGCUACACUUGCUCCGCGCCCGCAGCCCGGACUGGUCCGAAAGGCCUUGCCGCGGCCGGCGGUUCUUGGGGGGAGAGCGAGAGCGAGACUCCGGGUGCGGUCCGCGGGCCUGGGCCGAGAGCAGCCUCCGCCGCCGCAGCAGGCGGCAGUCCGGGCUUCCGGGCCGGAUCACGGCGGCCGGGUGCUGGGGCAGGCUGCGGUGGGGCUCGCCGCCGCGGCCGUGGUGUCACUGACCGGGUUCUCCGGGGAUGUGUCCCCGCUGCCGACGCCGCCUGCCCGGGCCGAGUCGCUCACCGUCGCGUUCCCCGUCUCCAAGGCGCGCGAGGUGAACAGAGUACAGAAGACGCUGGUUGAGACGUGGGGGCUGAUCCGUGAGACCUUUGUUGAUCCUACCUUCAACCACCAAGAUUGGGAUCAGAAACUCCAGCAAACAAUGGUAGAGAUAUUUCCACUGAAAUCAGCGGAUGCCGCCUACAGUAAAAUCAGUGGGAUGCUAUCCACACUCGGCGACCCAUUUACGAGGAUCAUCAGCCCCACGGGAGGCCCUGCAGAUCGAGCAGGCAUACAUGAAGGCGAUGAGCUAGUUGAGAUAGAUGCAAGUUGUUACCAGGCUCAUUCCCGGGGGGUAUUAUUGAUGAUGCUAUCUUCUCAUUCUGCUGGCAAAAGUGUUUCUGGUUUGGAUGGAGAGGCUGCGGCUCAGAGGCUUCGAGGCCGUGUAGGAACAAAAGUGAAAGUGAAGUUGUUAGAUGUAUUUCCUUACCUUGAGCUUCGUAGUAUAUCCUUAGCUUCAGUUAAAUCUCUUUUGCUUGUUGUGAAGCAUACUUCAACUUGA